AUGCCCCCCUCAGACCUCUCGGUGGCCGAGGAAAUAUACAGGGGCGUCGCGAAGCUGCUGCAUCUGGCGUGGAAAUGGAUCAGAGGCCCGGGCUUGCACAGGGUCGCCGUCUUGGUCGCCAGAGUGCUGCACCAGUUCAAGAGGAACUUGACGGCUAAGAGGCUGCUGAGCUUCCCGCAUCUGCUGGCCUUUCUCUGGAUGAUCCUGCUGCUCUGGGGCGAGCGCUGGAUCUACGCCAACCAUGUCAACGUCUGUGACUGGAAGAGCUGGGAGAAGUGGCCCAAAGGCGCAACUCCCCAUCACCUCGUCCUCAUCGCCGAUCCGCAAAUCCUCGAUCCUCACACCAACCCCGACUGGCCGUGGGCGGAACUCGCCGUCGUCGUCGCCGUUACCGAUCGAUAUCUCAAGCAAAGCUACGAUGCGCUGCUGCAUAAGCUGCACCCGGAUAGUCUGUUCUUCCUUGGCGACAUGCUCGAAGGCGGGCGAGAAUGGAAGCCGAGGCAAGGCGACUUUGUCGAUCCCAAAUGGGGUUCCCGUUCACGUACAGCCAAGGAACAGCGAUGGGUGAAGACGUGGCACCGCAAGUAUGGCGACGAAUUCUGGCUGCAGGAAUACCAGCGCUUCGGGAACAUCUUUUUCGAUUGGAAUGUGGCGGGGAGCAAGCCAGGUCCGUGGCAGAGAGGCCGGAAGUUUGUGGCGAGCUUGCCUGGCAACCAUGAUCUCGGCUUUGGCGCCAUGGUCCAGGAGUCCGUGAGGGAUCGCUACCAGGCAUAUUUCGGAGAAGGAAACCGAGUCGACGUCGUAGGAAACCACACCAUUGUCUCGGUCGAUGCCGUCUCCCUCAGCGCGGGGACGUCUGAGCAGAAAGACAAACACGAUCUAAGCGCCAUCUACAAACCCGUUCACGAAUUCCUCGACGGCGUCCAAUCUACAAAGCGAAAGAUGGCAAAGAAGGAACUCAACUUUUGGUACGGCGUGGACAUGGGGCCCAAGUUCAAGCACAACGUCGAGGACCUGGACCACGCAGAUUUGACCCGAUGGUCGAGAGAUCCCGGACCAGGGGCUGCCGACUUCCCCACGCUGCUCCUUACGCAUGUUCCUCUUUACCGUCCUCCUGGGACUCCCUGUGGACCACAGCGUGAGCACUGGCCGCCCAAGAAUAAGCCCAACCCCGAUGGCAGCCUGGAUACCAGCAAUUCUAUAUCAGUGGUGGCUGGCUACCAAUACCAGAACGUGCUUUCAGAAGAGGAUUCAGUGAAGCUGGUCAAGAGCGUCGGCAACGUCGUCAAUGUGUUUUCUGGAGAUGAUCACGAUUACUGUGAGCUCGUCCACUCUGAGGCCAAGGACAGCGUGCGAGAAAUCACGGUCAAGACGAUGAGCAUGUCUCAGGGCGUGCCAACUCCGGGCUUCCUCAUGGUCAGUCUCUACAACCCAAUCGACAAAGACGGCAAGCCCCUACCAGGCUCACCCGAGCAGACGGUGCAGACCCAUCUUUGUCUACUACCCAACCAACUCGUCAAAUACAUGAACUAUAUCGCCUUUACCCUCUUCUCCCUCAUCAUCCUAGCCGUCAGGGCAUUCUUCGUCCCCGUCCUAAAUCUCACCCCUUUUGCACUAUCACCCGAGCGAAGAAACGCAUUCCUCCCCGUCUACAAAGAAAAAGUCGAGCCACCAAUCACGCCGUCGUCAAGCUCGAGCAACGGCGGUGGCAGCAGCAUGCGCUGGGCCGGCAAGAAGGGCAAGCACAGGCACCGCUGGAGCAUGGCCGAUGGGCCGCGGAUCAAGAUCAACCAAGACUACUACGACGGCGGCAAGGCGUGGAAGACGACGACAGGCAGGGGGGAGAGAUUUUCUGUCAAAGUAAUGGCCACGGAGAUGUGGACGACAGCAUGGCGGGUGACUUGGAUAGCAGUGCUGUUUUGGAUCUACUUGAUACGGAACGGCUGA